CUUUUCUCUCCGAGCAAGAUGGCUGGGGGUGAGGGUGGAGUGACUCUCGGUCAGCCCCAUCUUUCCCGACAGGAUCUCGCCACAUUGGAUGUUACCAAGUUGACACCACUUUCACAUGAAGUUAUCAGCAGACAAGCUACAAUUAAUAUUGGUACAAUUGGUCACGUAGCUCAUGGGAAGUCCACUGUGGUGAAGGCUAUUUCUGGAGUUCACACUGUCAGAUUCAAAAAUGAACUCGAAAGGAACAUUACCAUCAAGCUUGGAUAUGCUAAUGCUAAGAUUUAUAAACUUGAUGACCCAAGUUGUCCUAGACCAGAAUGUUACAGAUCGUGUGGAAGCAGCACACCAGAUGAGUUUCCUACAGACAUUCCGGGGACCAAAGGGAACUUCAAGUUAGUCAGGCAUGUUUCCUUUGUUGACUGUCCUGGCCAUGAUAUUUUGAUGGCUACGAUGCUGAACGGUGCAGCAGUGAUGGAUGCGGCCCUUCUGUUGAUAGCUGGUAACGAAUCAUGCCCUCAGCCCCAGACUUCCGAACACCUGGCUGCCAUAGAAAUCAUGAAACUCAAGCAUAUUUUGAUCUUACAGAAUAAAAUUGAUCUGGUAAAAGAAAGUCAGGCUAAGGAACAAUAUGAGCAAAUCCUCGCAUUUGUGCAAGGAACCGUAGCAGAAGGGGCACCAAUUAUUCCAAUUUCUGCUCAACUGAAGUACAAUAUUGAAGUUGUCUGUGAGUAUAUAGUGAAGAAAAUACCAGUGCCCCCAAGAGACUUUACUUCAGAGCCCCGUCUCAUUGUCAUCAGGUCAUUUGAUGUCAACAAACCUGGCUGUGAAGUCGAUGACCUUAAGGGAGGUGUAGCUGGUGGUAGUAUCCUAAAAGGAGUGUUAAAGGUAGGCCAGGAGAUAGAAGUGAGACCCGGUAUUGUCUCCAAAGACAGUGAAGGAAAACUCAUGUGUAAACCAAUCUUUUCCAAAAUUGUGUCACUUUUUGCGGAACAUAAUGAUCUUCAAUAUGCUGCCCCGGGUGGUCUCAUUGGAGUUGGAACAAAGAUCGACCCCACCUUGUGCCGAGCUGACAGAAUGGUGGGACAAGUGCUCGGUGCAGUUGGAGCUUUACCUGAAAUAUUCACCGAACUGGAGAUUUCCUAUUUCCUGCUUAGACGUCUUCUGGGUGUACGUACUGAAGGAGACAAGAAAGCAGCAAAGGUCCAAAAGCUGUCUAAGAAUGAAGUGCUUAUGGUCAACAUAGGCUCCCUGUCGACAGGAGGAAGAGUUAGUGCAGUCAAGGCUGAUUUGGGCAAAAUUGUUUUGACCAAUCCCGUGUGCACAGAAGUAGGAGAAAAAAUUGCCCUUAGCAGAAGAGUUGAGAAACACUGGCGUUUAAUUGGUUGGGGUCAGAUAAGAAGAGGAGUGACCAUUAAGCCAACUGUAGAUGAUGACUGAAGACUUCAAGUUAAACAAUGCCUUGGGAAGGAGUUGGAAUUUCUUUUACUAGCCUAGGGGUAUAUUUUCAAAGCAAUACUAGAAAGAAUUAAUUUCCUAGCUCAUUACCUUACUAGUAGCAGCUAUAAAUUUAUUCUUAUAUUUUGGCGAUGAAAAUGUGACCUCUACUUUUUUUUUUCUUUUUAUUGAUUCCUUGUUUGACAUCAUGUAGCCCAAUCCCAUUCAUCCCCUCAUAUCCAACCUUUGCCCAUGCGACCUCCCCCAAAGUAGCACACCAACAACAGAACAAAGCCUAGAAAACAUGCCAUCGUGGAAGCUGUAGCUUCUGUGACAACAACAAUGUUGGCUCCUCAUCAGGACUCCCUCCAGUUAUCCUGUUGCUGCGCUGUGUCAUAGAGAUCCUGCAGCUUUGGAACAGCAGGGUGGCCCUUUCACGAUCCCCACCAUUCGAACAUGACAUAGAUUUUAGGUGGGUCAAUUCAGAGCCCCGGAUAAGGGCCAGGAUGGUAGCUGAGCUGGUCAGCUGGGGCCCAUUCUUCCAAGUGCUGCGGCUUGUGAGAGCCUGGGCCAAUUCUCCCUACAGAAGGUGGCAACGGGGGAGGGUGUCCCAUCCACACCACCUCAUAACAGACAAGUGGCAGGGCCAGCUGUCCAGAGUGCUAUAUCCAAUGAGGGAUGGUGGCAGACCUGCACAGCCUCAGACACCCAGUGUUCCCUAGUGGUAAUAAUGAGCCAUGGACACUGACCCACCACUGUGGAUCCACAGACUCAAACAAGGCCCUGAUGGCAGGGAUGCCCACUUAUAACAGGCUACUUCUCUCCACCCUUGAAUUCCUUUUUCUCUCCCGUCUGUCAUGGUGACAAGCAGGUAUCUAUGCUUAUGCACUGGAGGGCAGGACUGUGGGUGGCAUGGAGGUCUACAAGACCUUGUGUUCCUCUUCUCAUGCCGUGCUGCCUUGCUUUAAUUUGAUUUUUAUGAGUCCUAGGCAUAAGACAAGGUUUGGCCAUCAAGCUAGGAUGAACAAAGGACUGCCAUCUGCUCUGCCCCUGAUAAAGAACAAUACCACCAAUAAGGGGUCUCUGCUGGUUGCUGGGGUUGUAACCUACUUCUAAUAUGGGGCUUAAAAUUAAAUGUGAAAAGUGGUAUACUAUAUACAUUGGAUCAAGUCUAUAUAGUAGCUAAAAUUAAGCAUUCCAAAGUAAUGUCUAAUUUAUCAAUCAAUGAAAGUUUGAAGUGAAACUUGGCUGCAACCAGUCUUUGGCGUAGCACUUGUAUCAUGAACCUGUCUAAGAUGAAAAUGAUCUCUUCUCAUGAUUCAUCUGUGAGUAGCUCCAUAGUGAAGGGCAAUUAGUAAAGGCUAAAGACUUACCCCUUUAUUUGUCCUUCUAUUUGGGGUUCUGUUGUCUGAAAUUUGAAGGAAUACGACCAGUGGGCUCAAAUGAGCACCACUCUUAGAAGUUGUGUGCCCAUUCCCUUAACACAGGUAGAUCUGUCUUACCCGUUUCCUGGGUGGGACCUUAGGAAUCCAGUGCCCUGAGACUAUGUCUUUAUUAUUUAUGCCUAGUAUCUCAGUCUUCCCACACUGGCAAAGAGUAUAGCAACUGGUGGUUAGUGAUAAUUGACAAGGUUCUGUCCAGGCUGCUUUUUUGAGGUCUUUGUUUUAGUAAGCUAUGAAUGGAGCUGUCUCUUGCAUGAUGAAUAAACACUCUACCAUUGUCUCCACUGCCCCUAGCUGUAGUACUGGCUGAUAGGAUUAUGGUGGAAAUUGUGUUAUUGGUAAUCUUUGAGCCUUGAGAGAGGUAGAAAUUGUUCAGAAACUGUGUCCUCUGGUUUCUAAAUCUAUUCCCCACGUGCCUCCAAUUUUCUUGUGCUGUGCAUUUUAAAUUAAUCAUGUUUUUUCUUAAUUAAAUACUCUUUCACAGCAAUGAUUUCCAACUCUGGCUGACGUAAGAAUUGCUGGGGAAGUUUGAAGGGGGGAAAAAGAAAGCUCUGGGGUGGAGUCCAGGCUUUGAUAGUUUUUUUUGUUUGUUUGUUUGUUUGUUUUUUUUUUUUGAGGAAACCUAUUGAUAUAUGUAUUUGAUUGACUCUAAAAAGUUGUUGUAUUGGAACAUGAAGAAAACAUUUAAAUAAAACAAGAUUCUGAAACAAG